GCAGAGAAAAGCAAACAAGGGAAUGGCGAAAGAACAAUUGGAAGUGCUGAAUGCGUUAGACGUAGCCAAAACACAAUGGUAUCAUUUCACUGCAAUCAUAAUAGCCGGGAUGGGAUUCUUCACCGACGCCUACGAUCUAUUCUGCAUCUCCCUGAUCACGAAACUUCUCGGUCGCAUUUACUACCACCAGCCAGGCGAUCUCAAGCCGGGUUCCCUCCCUCCAAAUGUCGCUGCAGCUGUUAACGGAGUUGCGUUUUGCGGCACUCUGUCUGGUCAACUAUUCUUUGGUUGGCUGGGAGAUAAACUAGGUCGCAAGAAAGUCUAUGGCAUGACACUAAUGCUAAUGGUUUUAUGUUCAUUUGGGUCUGGGCUUUCUUUUGGACAUACUGCGAAAGGAGUGAUGACCACCCUUUGUUUCUUUAGGUUCUGGCUUGGGUUUGGUAUCGGAGGAGACUAUCCUCUGUCAGCCACUAUUAUGUCAGAAUAUGCAAACAAGAAGACUCGUGGGGCGUUUAUUGCUGCAGUUUUUGCUAUGCAGGGAUUCGGAAUAUUAGCCGGUGGGGCUAUUGGAUGUCUUGUAUCGAUUGCUUUUAGGAAAUCUUUUCCAUCUCCGCCGUAUAUGGUGGAUCCGAAAAGGUCAGUUGUACCAGAGGCUGAUUAUGUUUGGAGAACUAUAUUGAUGUUUGGCGCUGUCCCAGCUGGUUUGACAUAUUAUUGGAGGAUGAAGAUGCCAGAAACUGCAAGGUACACUGCUUUGGUGGCUAAGAAUACCAAACAAGCUGCAGCAGACAUGUCCAAGGUUCUCCAAGUGGAGCUGCAAGAAGAUCCUGAGAAAGCUGAAAGAAUAGCAGAGCGUUCGAGGAAGAGCAAUGAAUUCGGACUGUUUUCGAAACAAUUCCUGAAUCGUCAUGGGCUACACCUGCUGGGAACAGCCUCAACCUGGUUCUUGCUGGACAUUGCUUACUACAGUCAAAACCUGUUCCAGAAGGAUAUCUUCAGCGCGAUCGGAUGGAUACCUGAUCCAAGAACAAUGAACGCUAUGGAUGAGGUCUACUACAUCUCGCGGGCUCAGACCCUGAUCGCGCUUUGCAGCACCGUCCCCGGAUACUGGUUCACCGUGGCACUAAUCGAUACAAUGGGGCGUUUCACUAUCCAGCUUAUGGGUUUCUUCUUCAUGACACUUUUCAUGUUUGUCCUAGCGAUUCCGUAUAGUUACUGGACACAUAAGGAUCAUCGGAUUGGGUUCGUGAUAAUGUACUCACUGACGUUUUUCUUUGCCAAUUUUGGGCCAAAUGCUACGACGUUUAUUGUCCCCGCGGAGAUAUUUCCGGCGAGGCUAAGGUCUACAUGUCAUGGGAUAUCUGCGGCAUCUGGGAAGGCAGGCGCAAUUAUAGGUGCGUUUGGGUUCUUGUACAUGGCUCAGAGUCCAGACCCGAAGAAGGCGGAUAAGGGUUACCCACCAGGGAUUGGGGUGAGGAAUGCAUUGCUAAUUCUGGGAGGGGUUAAUUUGUUGGGAUUCUUUUUCACGUUUUUGGUUCCUGAACCAAAGGGGAAGUCGUUGGAAGAGAUGUCUCAGGAGAAUUUUGAGGAUGAUGAAGAGAUUGUCGAACUCGGACCCGGACCCAGCACCGUCUUUGAAAACCGAACCGCUUAAGGUUAGUAAGGGACUG